AUGGAAAUGCACAACAACCAUGGAAAACCGAGUGAAGAAGUAGGACUAAGUUCAAGUGACAACGACACUAUCAUCAAUUUAAAUCAUAUUAAUAAAAUUUGUAUUCGAGACAGCAUGAUUUUAAAUUGUAAGCAUAUAUUCCGAACUGAUGGUUUAAGGUCUGAUAUUGAACUUAUAAAUGAUUUACUAUUUGGUAUUGUAAACUUGGAUAGAGACAUGUUGAAGAAAAAAAUAUUACCUCGAAUCUCUCGUCGACAAAUGGGUGAAGAGUUAUAUAAUGACAUUUGUAAUUGGUUAGAUAAAGAAGGAUCUAUACUAAUCGUUAAAUAUCUACCGUAUUUAUCUAUAGCAUGUAAUAUGACUUUUUAUCAAUGUAAUGUAAGAAAUCAUCGAGAUCAUGAUCGCAUAUUUGUACCUGUUGAUCAAAAUCAUGAUAUAGCAAAUGCUAUUUAUUAUAUGUGUGAUAGAUCAGGACAAAACAUCAUAGCUAUAUGUAUUACAGAUCAUUCCUAUAUCAAUCAUAUUCAUAAUAAAUUAUUAUUAUCAACUGAUAAAAAUGUCAAUGACAAAGUUGAAUUAUAUAACAUAUUAAUUUCUGAAUAUAUUAAACAAGCAAAAAGUCUUCAAUUUCAUCAACACUUACUCUUACUAUCUAAAUGGCAAUAUAUAUAUAAAUGUUAUAAGGCUAAAAUGCAAUUAACACGUGAUCUUACUCCGAUUGAUUUAUUAGACUAUUGUCAAUGUUUAAUUAUGCUUAGUAAAUAUAGUGAUGCUGAAAACUUAAUAUCAAAUGUAUUACUUAGAAUAAAUCAAACAGAUGAGACAUGGCAUCUACUUGUUAAAGCACAGCGCAAAUGUAAAAACUAUUCAAAUACAAGAAAAGAAAAAGAAAAACACGAAAUGUACUUAUCAGCUAUUGAAAGUAUUAGUAAAGCACUUAAACAGAAUGAAGAUAAUACAGAAGUAAAAAAUGAACGAACAAUAAUAAAUAAACUAAUAGAACGAGCAUCGCGAGAAGAAACUUCUCCAGAACAUGAUAUCAGACCUAGAAGACGCAUUGAUAAUUGUUCAUCAUACAAUAUUUUAUCAAUUGAUGGUGGUGGAAUUCGUGGAAUAAUGGCUGCUAUUUGGUUACGUGAAUUAGAACGAAAAACGAAACGAACCUGCUCAUCUAUGUUUCAAAUGAUGGCUGGAACAUCAACAGGUGCUAUUAUCGCUGCUGGUUUAUCCGUACCUGACAAAUAUAAUCGAACAAUACCAGCUCAUGAUGCUUCUGAGUUAGUUGAGCUUUAUAAAACUCGUGGAAAAGAUAUAUUUAUUAAAAAAUCUCGUAAUUUCUGUAACUAUCAUAGAAGUUCUUUCUCUUUAGCACCUAAAUAUUCCUCUAAUGGUAAAAGAAACUUAUUUGAACAUUAUUUUGGUCAAACUUUAUUAUCGGAGUGUUUAACGGAUAUUGUUAUACCAAUUGUAAGGAGUGCUGAUACUUAUACUCAUUUAUUUACAAGAAAUGACAGUUUAUAUUCAACAAGUUUAGUAGAUGUUCUAAUGGCAACAACUGCUGCACCUACUUAUUUUAAACCGCAUAUUUUGUAUGGUACAAAUCAUAUUGAUGGUGGUGUACAAAUGAAUAAUCCAACAAUGGCUGCAUACACGAAAGCUAUUGAAUAUGGUUAUGAGAAAGAAAAUAUAUUUGUAUUGUCAUUGGGAACAGGUGAUUAUAUAGAAGAUCCAUUGGUGGCUAACGAUCAUCCAGAUAUUAUAUAUUAUCUUAGAAAUCGCAAUAGUUUAGUUAAAGUUUUACUUGAUAGUCAACAACAUAAUGUGGAUUAUCAGAUGAGUAUUUUAAUGAAUGAUGAACAUUAUUAUCGGUGGCAAGUAUGGUUUGAAGAACUUAUUCAAUUAGAUAAAUACGAAACAGAUAUAGUGAAUAAAUUAGAAAAUAUUGCAUAUGAAUAUUGGGAAGAAAUGGAAAUUUAUGAUAAUAAUAGAUUAAACAGAUUGAUUGAACGUUUAAGAUUUGAAUAA